AUGGCGGCGCUAGUGCGGGAUCCUUUGGCUCCGCGGGCGCGGCCCGGCCGCUGCCCCCCCCCCGGCGGAGACUGCUCGGUGCGCGGCCUCCGCCGGCACCGCGCUCGGGCGCUGAACAUUCCUGAAGAAAGCUUGUAUGUGAAGUGUAACGGACGACUGGCUAGUGAUGACGAUGUGUUGCAAAACGGAGCCGUUUAUAGUCUGGAACCAAGGCUUUGUGGUGGCAAAGGAGGGUUCGGGUCUAUGCUGCGAGCACUUGGUGCUCAGAUUGAGAAGACAACAAACAGGGAGGCUUGCCGAGAUCUCAGUGGGAGGAGACUUCGAGAUGUCAACCAUGAGAAAGCGAUGGCUGAAUGGGUGAAGCAGCAGGCAGAACGGGAAGCAGAGAAGGAGCAGAGGCGCUUGGAAAGGCUGCAGCGGAAACUUGCGGAGCCAAAGCACUUUUUCACCAACCCAGACUACCAGCAGCAGUGUCAUGAAAUGGCUGAGAGACUGGAAGACUCAGUCCUUAAAGGAUUGCAGGCCUCUUCAAGCAAAAUGGUGUCACCAGAGAGCAGCAGUAGCCGGAAACGUCCAGGUGAACCUGGAAAGAAUGGAACCAAACCUCGAAAAAGAAAAUGUUUUUGGCUGGGGUUGGAAGGACUGGAUGAUUGUGACAGUUCGGAUUCUGAGGAUGACAGUGAAGAUGAUUCCCCUCAUGCAUCUGAUGGAGGUUGUCCAUCAGGCAGCAGAUGUAAUGAAAAUGCUGGAAAUUCAAAUGCAUGUUCAAGCACCUCUAUGGAGCCGGUAGAGGAUAGUCCGGCUACCAGUGCAACUGAGAAACCACUGGAGCAGCCGGAAUGUAGUGGAAGAGAUGUCCAAGGAGAGACAAGCACAAGUGGGCAACCUGAAAUUCCAGCUGAAGAAAACAGUAAAAUGACAAAGCCCCUGAAGGAAGAAGUCCAAGAAAAGAAUGAAGUAGCCCAAGCUCCAAAAGAACAACAAGAUAAUGUUUCUCCUAAGGCACAAGAAACAAACCAGUUACAGAGCACAGAGGUGGAACCGAUAGACCUGAUGGUGUUCAACUCUGCUGCUGAAAUGGAAGCCCUGGGUUUAGACAAACUGAAGAUGGAAUUGAUGUCUUUGGGACUGAAAUGUGGAGGCACUUUAAAGGAAAGAGCAGCAAGGCUGUUUUCAGUGCGAGGGCUGUCUAGAGACCAGAUCGAUCCUGCCUUAUUUGCAAAGCCCUCCAAAGGGAAAAAAAAGUGAUUUUUCAACUUUGUAUCCAUGUGCUUUUACAUUUUUCUUAUUCUGUUGUUAUUCUGUACGGCCACAUGUAAUUCUUUGGCAUCCCUGGAUAGGUUUUGUUUCUAUUCUUAAUGAAGUUUGAGUAACGUAACACAGAGUGAGUUGCUAGAUAGCGAGUUAGUUAUGCAUUCAAUAUGUUCAAUACUAAAGGAGUGAAACUUCUGUCUUUUGAUCAGCUUUACAGAUGGUUAUAACAAGUCUUAAUGCAACAGGUAAAACAGACUCUCUGUAUAUGGACAGAAAUAGCCUGAAUGUUUUCUGGAAAAUGGCUGUAUGGCACAGUCAUCACCUAUUUUAAGAAAAAUAGCAAUCCUUUGUGAGCUUUAUAUUGAAUCACCUUUAAUGUGAAUUCCAGUUAGCACAGAGACAACUGUCAAAUGAGAAGCACUGAACUUAGGAUCUAGGCUUAGAAGCUGAAGUUUCCUUGAAUAAAACAAACACUUUUAUAUGGAUGAGGUCAGUAUAAAUAACUGUGCUUGUCUGUGGGAUGUCAGGUAUGAUGUAAAUCAUUAAUGUGUGUAAAUAUUUCUUUUAGAAGAAGUUAAAUAAGGGUAUUUACUUAUUUUGCUCUGGAAAAAUAUCUGAGUGAGGGAAAAGAGAAUCACAUCCUUAAGAAAUUAGAAAGAAUACACUGGCUGGCUGCUGAAGGUGAGUAGCAUACAGAGUGAUCAUCUGAACCUGAAUGGGAAAUUUAGGAUGUGGUUUUUAAUUCUUUUCCUAUGUGGAAACCAAUGGAAGGACUUAAAGCGUCACCACUGCAGUCAUUUAUCCUACCUGGAGCAGUAUCUGACACCCCCCCCCAGUGCUGGGAGCCUCCAGUGCAGUGGUGAGGGCCCCUCAUGGGUGCAACUGCCACAGCUCUGGUUUGAGAAGCUUUGAAAAGUGUUUAGUUCAGUGCUUCAGAUCUCACAUUUACCACCAUAUGCCGGAGAGUGUUGUGUUUAUGAUCUGCUAUCAGAUUGUCUUGUAGAGAUGCUUGCAAAAUUAAAUCUUCUCUCUCCUGUUCUGAUGUCACACCA